AGUUUUCCAAGCAGAGAAGGAGUCAGUUCAUUGGCACUUGAGUCGGCAAAGAAAUCAAGAUGGCCAAAGUCCCUGACCUGUUUGAAGACCUGAAGAACUGUUUCAGUGAAAAUGAGGAAUACAGCUCUGCCAUUGACCAUCUUUCUCUGACUCAGAAGUCCUUCUAUGAUGCAAGCUAUGAACCACUUCACGAAGGCUGCGUGAAUAAAGUUGUGUCUUUGAGUACCUCUGAAACCUCUGUGUCACCCAACCUCACCUUCCAGGAGAAUGUGGUGGCAGUAACAGCCAGCGGGAAGAUUCUGAAGAAAAGACGCUUGAGUUUAAACCAGCCCAUCACUGAUGUUGACCUGGAGGCCAAUGUCAGUGAUCCAGAAGAAGGAAUCAUCCAGCCCAGAUCAGUACCUUCCAUCUUCCAGAGAAACAUGAGAUACAAAUACUUGAGAAUCAUCAAACAAGAGUUUGUCCUGAAUGAUGCCCUCAAUCAAAGCCUAGUUCGUGACAUCUCAGAUCAGUACCUCAGGGCAGCUCCACUACAAAAUAUGGGCGAUGCAGUGAAAUUUGACAUGGGGGUCUACAUGACAUCAGACGAUUCUAUACUUCCUGUAACUUUAAGAAUCUCACAAACUCCACUGUUUGUGAGUGCCCAGAAUGAAGAUGAACCUGUGCUGCUAAAGGAAAUGCCUCAGACACCCAGGAUCAUCACAGACAGCGAGAGUGACAUCCUCUUCUUCUGGGAAAGUCAAGGCAAUAAGAACUACUUCAAGUCAGCAGCCAACCCACAGCUGUUUAUCGCCACAAAGCCAGAACAUCUGGUGCACAUGGCAAGGGGGUUACCUUCGAUGACUGAGUUUCAGAUCUCAUAAAACCAGCCUUAGCUCUGGAAGUCCACUCACUAGUGAAGUGUUGACCAUCUGUAUGUACCGUGUACAUGAAGAAGCCAGUCUUCACUCUUAGUCAUUUGCUGAGCAUGUGCUGAGCCUGCAUAAUUCUGCAUGAAUGUUUCCCCUCUUCAUAAGAGAGAAGCCAAGUCUAAUGGAACCAACACUAACAUAUAAUGUUGUUUGUUGUUGAAAGAUCACCCUAUACUUUGUACAGUGCCAAUCAUUUUAAUUAUUGUUCCUGAUAACUACCUUAGGAGGACCAGGGCUACUGACUAUGGCUACCAAAAAGAUUCUACCCAUAUUACAGAUGGGUUAGCUAAGGCAUAAUAAAACUAACAGAUACACAUAAUGAUAGAAUGAGAAGCUACACAGAAUAUCAUUUCGACUAUUUGCCUUCUGCUUUUAAGACUGUUAGAUCCUUAGUCAAAUAGCAUAAGUUCCUGGAACCUCAGUUUUAUUGUUUUCAAGAUGGAAGAAAUAAAACCUACAUUGUUCCUGCCUUAAUGGUUCUUUGUGUCAAUCAGUGAGGUCAUUUUGUUAAAAUAC